UUACCUGCCAAGUUACGCGUAAACAUGGUUGUUGAGGUGCUAUACUUUCUAAUUUAAUUAAUUAUCGAUGCCCUGAUCUAAAACUAUGGCCAUUAGCUUGUAAAGAUCAUACAGCAUAGUCUAGACUGAAGAUGUACCGACAAUCUUACGAUGAGGUUGAUACUCCUAUACGGCCUAGAAGACCGUCAGAUCAGUCCAGUGAUCUUUACCAGACUCGCAAGCAAAAAACACCCGAUAUAUUCCAAAAUGAAUUGGCAGAUAAGUUGAAAGCCAGGAAGAAACUUGGCCUCACAGCUGAUUUGACAAGUGAAGAUAGUGACGAUGAAGUUGGAAAUUUAGAUUCACACACACAGUUUGGCAUGAAACGCCCCCAGUCUGCUACCAAACGACCUGACCGGUCACCUGAAUGGCAUCCGAAUCAUGGAGACACGUUACCACGUGGUGGCGAUUCGUCGUACUCGAGCCACCGUCAGUCUCACUAUGAGGACGACGAGGAUCGCGAGGUAGCCAGUGCGACGAUGAGUGGAGGCGGCGGCUUCCCGACACUCGGAGGAUCCGGCCUGCAGCUACCCGGUGCUAAAAAGCCAUCGCCAAGAGACCAGCUUGAUUCCGGUCUACACGGACGAAAGACGCCGACCGGCAGGCACACACCGGGCACCGAAUCGGGUGGGCUGACUAACGAGGAGAAGAUAUUUGGGAGGAAGACACCCACAGAGGAACAAAAGAGCAAAGGAUCUUUCUUCAAGAGAAAAAGUCCAGCAACCUCAGUAACAGAAUCAAUGGCAGGUGGUGAUGGUUAUGAAAACAGGCAAUGGCAGCCGCCUUCAUUCAACAAGUCGGCGACAGACCAGCGAGAUUUACACAACAGAACACCAUCACCAGCUGGAUCUAGAGGCAGGAAGACCCCAUCAUCACUGGAUCCAAUAUCGGAGUCGGCCACACCGCGGGAUGUUCGAGGUGACGUCCAGGCUCGGCCUCGACUCCGAAGACAAGGCAGCACCAGCAGUGACAAAAUGUCGCCCAGAACACUCUCUGUUGAAAGUUCCCCGCGGUCGGACAAACCAACACCGCGGCCUCGACUCUCUGGUGAGAAGGAGGCUCCCAAAGGCAGAACCAGUCCACUGGUGGAUAUAUUUGGUAAACCAAGACGAAUGAUGGACGAAGAGGAACCGGAACUAGAAUCGGAAGUAAAACCCAAACCAAGAAGACGUGGUUCUUCAGAAAUGAGUAAGACAGCUCCAUCGGGACGCAAGACACCGACAGGAGUUAAAACAACGGCAGGCCAUGGAACUCGAACAUUUUCAAAAACUCUCGGCAGGUCCACUCCAAAUGGGAGGAAAAGUCCUUUGGAAGAAAAACCGAAAGCAGAAAAACCCCUGAAGAAGCAGGAGUCGUUGCUGAGUUUCCUGACAGGAGAGACGGAGCCUACAGAAGCUGAGAGAACCUCAAAGAUGAGGCGAUCUUCGAGAGAAGAUCUGUCAAGAGAACACUCAAAAGAUAACUUGAAAAGAGAACGCUCGAGAGAAAACUUGACGCGGGAUCGCUCAAGAGAAAGGUUGACAAGACAACGUUCACAAGACUCAUUGGGCGAUUCAGCGCCAAUGAUCUCACUGAAGCAGUCGAAACCUGCAGCAGAUGACAGCUCGGUCUGUGAAGAGUUGAGCUACGAUCCUCAGUCGAAAACCAGAAAAGCACAGACCGAUAGUACAAUAAGUAAGUUGCAGCGGUCUGACCGCAAGAAAGCCGACGAAGCAAUCUGCGAAGUGGCUGAUGCUCAGAUGUCGUUCAUUGAUCCAGCUGGGAAAGGAAGGCAAAAGUCUGCUACAAAGGACCGAAAGACUCCAAAACACAGACCCCAGCCCCGCUACCCUACACUGCCUGGCCAGUCGACGGAGCAGCCGCCACAGAACUUCGAAGACACGGUGGCCAUCAGACAAGCCAUUUAUGACCAGUGGUACAGGGACAGAAUGAAAGAAUCUAAGAAGAAAGCACUCGAGCAGAAGAAGAAGGAGAAAGAGGAGGAAGAGAAAAAGAAGAAGGAGCUGGAAGAGAAGGAAGAGAAUCGAAAACUUGCAUUUACAGCUUGGUCAGAGAAAAAGCAUGAAACACUGAAGGAGGUAGCGCGAAAGAAGAAGGAGGAAGAGAGAAAAAAAGAAGAGAAAGAAAAAGAGGAGAGAGAGGCAAAAGAAAAGGAUAAGGAUAAGACAUUUACUAUUUGGAAAGAAAGGAAAGAUGAUUUGAUAAAAGAAAAGGAAAAAGUCAAAAUCAGACAGAAAAAGGAAGAAGAAAGGGAAAAACAACGAAAGCAAAGAGAGAAAGAGGCAAAAAAUAGCUCAGCAUUCACGUCCUGGAAAAGCAAGAAAGAGAUCUACUUACUUGAAAAAGCCCACGAAGAAAAGCGUUUGGAAAAGACAAAGAAAUACGAAAAAACUGCAAAAGAGCUGAAGGAAGAAGAAGCGAUAAGAAAAUACAAUGAAUGGCUGAAAUUGAAGGAGAAUAGGGAGAAUGAGGAGCGAUACAAAAGAACACGUCUGGAGAGUGAAAUGGAGGAGCGCCCAGCAUGGAGUCCACCUAACAGAACUGUACCGUUCGGACGGUGAACUUACUGUGAACAAAUAUUUCAACAUAGGAUGUACCAUUUAGAUGAUUAAUUCAGGAUUAUCUACCAUUGGGUCGGUGAACAUAUUGUGAAAACAUUUUAUAAAAUAUGAUAUACAUAUACCAUCCGAUGGUGACGUUAUUAAGAAAUAUUAUAAAAUGUGAUGUAACCUUUGAACAAGGAAAUUGUUAUGAGGAAAUACUUUUAACAUAUGAUGUACCAUUUAGAUGAUGAAUUCAAAAAUAUGAUGUAGCAUUUGGACAGUGAAAUUAUAGUGAAGAAAUAUUUAAAAUAUAUAUAUAUAAUGUAUCAUUUGGACAGUGGGGUUAUUGUGAAGAAAUAUAAAAUAUGUUAUAUAUCAUUCAUAUGUAUACUCUCAUACACUACCAGAGAUUUGUAACUAUAGUCCGUCCCACAGGGAACGUCUUUUUCAUACUAUAGAACUUACUAUAAGUUAUUUAUGUCUGAGCCGAUUGUUUUGUAAAUUGCACACAAAAAUAGUAUAUUUGUUAUUUGCAACUGAAAUUAUUUACAACAAACAUGUUUAUAGAAUGAUGGGACAGACUAUAGGAUACAUCAACUGUGAAGCGGUGCACUGCAUUUUAUAAGCUUGUUCCUAAGUUAUUAAUCAUAUGUAAAAAAAAGUACAGGGUAUCUAGCAUAAUAUAUAGCAUGUUUUAUUAGGUUGAUGGUAAGCUGGAGAUUGAAGUAAAGAUGCAGUAACAAACAAUGGCAUAUACAUAUACAGAACCUUACAUACAUUGUUUUCGCUUCGCCUUAAUAUCAACACAUUUAAUCAACAGUGCUGUAAAUAUUGUUAUGACAUUUUUGUUUAAUUUCAAAUAAGAGUGCUUGGCUGUACUUAUCUCCGAUUAAUUGGUCAUUCAGGAUGAUGACAAUAUGUCAAACAUUCAUUAUCUCACCUGACCUAAAGGGACAUGUGAAUCUGUCAACUUUUCACACUUUCGUCUUCUUCUCAAGUUCCACCUUGCAGAUUUCAUUGAAUCUUAGUAGAAAUGAUCCUUCCAUGUAAUAGACCCAUGUUUUGUUAUAUUUUGGACCAUAUCAAAAUCCAGUCGACUUCUUUUCAAGUUCUACUGGGGAGAUUUUAACCAAACUUGGUCCAAAUGAUCCUCUUACGACCCUGACCUGCCAAGAGUAACUGUUACUUUUCAGGCCAAUUCAAAAUCCAAGAUGACUGCCCUGGUCUCUGAUUUUCUGAAAAAUUUUCAGCAUGGCCCACAUGAUCCUGUCAUGGCUCUGACCAAGAGUUGCUAUUUUUGGGGACAAUUCGAAAGCCAAGAUGGCCACCCUGGUCUUUAAUUGCUGAGAUAUUUUCAGCUUCUCAAAUUCUACUGAGCAGAUUUUAACAAAAGUUAGUACGAAUGAUCCGCUCUAGGCACUUACCAAGUGUUAUGAAUAUGAAACUAGCAGACACUUUUGUCUACAUUUUCCCGCGACAACUAUACUGAUGUCCGAAAGAAACUAUACCAAGAAAAAAUUAUUUUAUUUUCUUUAUAAUUUGUACAAUGGAAAUAAAAGGGUGAUUAAAUAUCUUUCUGCUUUAUGGAACAAUAUUUUGUUCCCAGCAUGCCAAAACACCUCUCUUGUCAAUAUAUAGGUUUUGAACAUGCAACAUGUUUAGUUGUUUCUUCAGUAGUCUCUCAGAGAAUUGGUAUCGUUUCUUUUGGACAUCAGUAUAUAUGAAUAGCUCAGUAUUGCACUGUAAAAGUAGGUUUAGCAUCUGAGUAGGGGUUUAACACAUACACCCCCACCCCCACCCUCAGGCUACACCCCUGGCUGUCACCAAAUGACCAUCUGUGAUAAAUCAUUGCUAUGGUUCACUUUUCAGAGGCAUAGCUAGUUGAAUACCAUGUGAGCCUACAAUGGGUUUAUGAUGUAGCGCUAACAUAGCUUCGAAAAUACAGGCCCUUAUUACUGAUGGCCUACAGUAAGGAUUAAUAGGUCUGAAUAAAAAAUAUGCUAUUAACCAGGCUCUGCUUGAAGUUAUGAAAAUACUGCCAAUAUAUAUAAAUGUGUUAACCUGGUUGUUAGAUGUUGAGUUAACCACUGAUUUUCUACAAGCGUACAACAUUGCUUUAUAUUUCUACCAGAUUUUAUCGUUUGUUUGUCACAAGUGCCUGUAAAUGUUUGUAUUGGUCAGCUGUUUGUAAUAAUUGAUUUGAAAGUCGUAUUACGAGAAACAAUACAAAAUACCUUUUACGUUGAUCUCACCACUACUUAAUAACUUAUAAAACAUGUUAUGGUGGUAAUAUAUACUUUGAUUAUAGAUUUUAAAAAUAUUAGCAGCUUUUUAAUUGUAAUAAUUAUAUUGUUUAUAUUAUGAUAUUUUAAUUUGUAAUAUUUUUAUAUUUGUUGGUAAUGACAGCAUAUUAAUUGUUUAUCUGAUGAAACAAAAAUUAUAUAUACAUGUAUAUAUUGAAGUGUAUUUUUAAAUAGUCAAAUGUGAAAGUAACUGCAGCAUGUUUGUAGUAGAUGUUAAUAUUUCCUUCUUAUUUUAGCUAGAACAGUGGUAUCUAGAUUUGUAUAGUACAGUAAUAGCUGUUUUGUGUCUACUGUGAUAAAAGUGUCCUGUUUUGUGAAUCUGUGUAUGGUGCUUUGUUAUCCAACAUCUUGUUCAUCUGAACUUUAUUUAACUUUACCAUCUUUUCUUUCAUGUUUCAUUGUUAUUUAUAACUCAUUCAUCUUUUUUAUUUCGGUAUUCUUAAAAUGGUAGUUUGUUAAUUCUUUAGUAAAUGGUAGUUUAUUCAUUCUUAGCAUUUGUAUUAAAUUUGCAUUAAAAUCAGACAUUUUGUCAGUAAAUUGUAAAAGGAAACCUCGAAGUAGGCUUUAGUUUAAUGAUAUUAGUUAUUUCCAUGCCUGUAUUUGAAGAAGGUUCAAGCAUGCUGUUCUGGUCAUAUAGCUUAGCAGCAUAUAGCACUGGUCUUUUAUAUGCACUUCCCAGACAGGACAGCUCUUACCAUGGCCUUUAAUAUACCAGUCACAACAGAAUUGGUAAUGCUAGAUUGUGACAUGAAGUUUGUUUCAAAGUAAAAAAUGUUGUGAUGUUUAUUUUAAUUAAUAUCAUCACUGGUCUUGGUACAUGGCUGUUGGAUUGCCUGGUUUGACUCCGAGUGUUAUAAACAAGGUUCAUGGAUAAUAAGACAUAUCUGUGGGAUGCUUACACUGGAAUUGGAUAGACACAUGGAAAUCGGUUAAAAUGAGUAGUAAGAAAGCUACGUGAAUAAAUGGUUGAUCCAGCCAGUAGCAUUAAAACUAUUAUGCAGACUUAUAUAGAACCUGAAUGUCCAUGUCCAUUCUGUUAGUGAAUUAUGAUAUGUAUUGAAACAUUUUGUGUAGAAUUAAUAUAACUCCAUUCCGUCCGUGUCCAUUGUCUUGGUGGAUUCAUUUCUGUCUCAAGGCAUUAUUUACUUGAGAAAUAAAUUCUGUUGACAGUU